AUGGAGCUGGCACUGCUGGAGAGAAAAACCGCGCGCCGCCUCUUCACUGUGGCGUGCGAUAAGUUUGAUCAAUCUCUCAUUGAAGACCCAGGAAAUAAGAAAGCAGUAAAGGCCUAUUACGAAAGUCUAACUGUAAAGCAUAAGAAGCUACUAGAUGUUAAUAAUGCAGUACUAGACUUGCUGUUAGACACACAGGGAGCUGCUGCUGACUAUGAUACAGAAGUGGACGCGGCAGAGACAUAUGAAGAUAGAUGGUUUCUUGCCGAACAGUCAUUUUUAGAAUGGUCAACAUCAGAGGCCAACCAAAAUUUAAAAGGCGAGGAGUAUAGAUCUGUUUCUGAAAACACGAAAAAUAAAAAGAGAUUCAGACUGCCCCGAUUAGAGCUACCUAAAUUCGACGGGCAUAUUAAGUCAUGGCUUACGUUUUGGGGACAGUUUAUAAAAAUUCACAAUGACGAAGAUAUAGAUGACGGAGAUAAGUUUCAAUACCUACUACAAUGUAUGGAGCAUGGGUCCAGCGCUCGAGACCUGGUGAAAAGCUUCCCUCUGACGGCUACUAACUAUAACAAAGCGCUUGAACAACUGAAGCAAAGAUUCGCCAGGGAUGAGCUGUUGGUAGAGCACUACGUACGAGAACUCCUACAGCUUAUCAAAUGGGUACAACCUAACUUGAGCACUCGGGUUUUAUAUGACAAGCUAAUGACACAAAUACUAGCUUUGGAGUCCCUGGGUGUGACACAAGACAAGUAUGCGGCCUUUCUUUACCCGAUGGUUGAGUCCACACUGCCUGAAGAGAUGCUAAGAGCUUGGUGUCGAUCGGAGAGGCGCAGCAAUGAUGGAAAUAGCCCUCUAACAGACCUGCUGAGCUUGAUUAAGAAAGAAGUCGACUGUCGAUAUGAAAAACACUUCUACCCCUUCCUCUUCAAAGCCAGAGAAGAGUUGCAUUUGGUGCGGAAAAACUUCUCAUACAAGCUCAGAAUGUAA